UAAUCUACGAAACACCCAAAGAGUUGGUGACUCACCCACACACAGACACGCCUUUCUUCCGUAUGGAAUCCACCGCUCCCGUUACGACGGCCCAAGCCAACGCAUCGAGCAGUACCCCCAGCGGUGCUUCGGGACCCACUGCCGAUCGCGUUUCCUCGCACACACACGUGAAGGGUCUCGGCUUGUCCGAGUUCGGCACCGUCGACGUCAAUGCUAAUUGCGGCUUGGUGGGGCAGGUUCCGGCUCGCGAAGCUUGUGGCCUCGUGGUCGAUUUGAUUCAAGCGCAGAAACUCGCCGGCCGCGCGCUUUUGCUUGUGGGUCCGCCAGGGACGGGAAAGACUGCACUAGCCCUCGCCAUGGCGAAAGAACUCGGCCCCGCGGUUCCCUUUUGUCCCAUGGUGGCGUCUCAAGUUUACAGUAAAGAAGUCAAAAAGACGGAAAUGUUGACGACCAGCUUUCGCAAGGCCAUCGGUUUACGCAUUCGAGAACAGAAGGAAGUGUACGAAGGCGAAGUCACGGAGUUGACCGUGGAAGAAACGCAGGAUGCCUUGCAGCACGCCAAUACCUACGGUCGAACCAUUGCCCACGUGACGCUGUCCCUUAAAACAACCAAGGGAACACAAACGCUUAAACUCGAUCCCACCAUGUACGAAUCGCUGGCCAAGGAAAACGUCACUAUUGGCGACGUUAUUUACAUCGAAUCCAACUCGGGUGCCGUCAAACGCGUGGGACGGAGCGAUACGUUUGCGACGGAGUUUGAUUUGGAAGCCGAAGAAUACGUCCCCUUGCCCAAGGGCGACGUGCACAAGCGACGACAAGUGGUUCAGGAUGUUUCUCUGCACGAUUUGGACCUUGCCAACGCCCAACCCUCCGGCAAUAGCUCCCGGAAAGACGUGGUCUCGCUUAUGGCCAGCCUUGGACGACCAAAAAAGACGGAAAUCACCGACAAGCUACGGACAGAAAUCAACAAGGUUGUGACCAAAUACAUUCAAGACGGUGUGGCUGAACUCGUACCCGGCGUCCUUUUCAUCGAUGAAGUCCACAUGCUGGAUCAGGAGUGUUUCACUUUUUUGAAUCGUUCCUUGGAAUCGCGACUAUCUCCUAUUGUCGUUUUGGCCACAAACCGUGGCGUCACACACGUUCGGGGGACUGGCAGUGGCGGUCAAGAUGGUGGCGGCGUCAAAGCACCGCACGGCAUUCCGGUCGAUCUGCUCGACCGACUAUUGAUUGUACCUACCCGCGUAUACAGUGAACCCGAAAUGAGGGACAUUUUGCGUUUACGUGCCGCCACCGAGAGCAUCGUCUUGGACGAUGCAGCUACGUUGGGGAAGCUGGCCGAGAUUGGCACGCGCACGUCGCUGCGGUACGCCGUGCAACUGUUGACACCCGCACACAUCUUGGCCUCGUGCUCGGGUCGGACCAUUGUAUCGCCGCGCGACGUGGAAGAAGCGGAUCUUCUGUUUUUGGACGGCAAGGCUAGUGCCCAGCGUCUCUCCCAAAUGGAGGGCUUUUUGGAAUAA